AUGGUAGAUUUUCAUAGGAUAAUGGUUGCUACCGUUACGAUUGGAGUUACAUUCUUCACGUGUAUGAUGACUGUACUCUACUACAUGUUUCCUUGUAUAGUUUUAAUUCGUCCAUUUUCAUAUCGCUGGUAUCUUGCUGCCAAUAACUUUUCUGCAGACCUCUGGUACCGUAUGAAUCUGUUCAUCUUUGAGAUCUUCAAUGGCAUUACAGUUAAGAUCUCUGGUGAUGAUGUACCCGAUGGAGAAGGUGCACUCAUCAUGAUGAAUCAUCCAUCAGAAGUAGAUUGGAUUUUCACUUGGUGUCUUGGAGUCAGAAAGAAAUCACUUUCCAACAUUAAAAUUAUAUUAAAAGAUGAAAUUAAAUAUGUCCCUGCAGUUGGUUGGGGAUGUGACAAUCUAGAUUUUAUUUAUUUGACACGUGAUUGGACAUACGAUGAGAAACAUCUUCAAUACAGAUUAGAGAAAUUCAAAGAAGUCGGUUUCAGAUCGUGGUUAACCAUUUUCCCAGAGGGCACAGAUAUGGAGCCCGAGAAAUUGAAAAAGAGUCAUGAUUAUGCAGAUAGAAUGGGAUAUCCAAAGUUUAACAAUGUUUUAUUACCAAGACAUAAAGGUGUCCAGACUUGUUUGGAUGUGUUGAGACCGACUUGGGAUGCAGUCUAUGAUAUCACUAUUGGCUAUGAGAGUAAGCCAACAAUUGGUACCUGUUUCACCGGUGUCAAUCCAAAGGUGGUGAAUAUUCACGUCAAUAGAAUUCCCAUCAAAGAUGUGCCAACCGAUGAGAAACAACUUCAAGACUGGCUCUUCAAGCUCUACGCAGAGAAAGAUAAACUUUUAGAGAAUCUUAAAGUUCACAAACAAUUCCCAAAACCAAGAAUUACACCAUUACCACAAUCAACCUAUUUAGUUGCAGCAUUUUGGUUUAGUUGUUUAUUAGCAUCAUUUUAUUUCAUGUUGACAUCGUCAUCAUUCAGAAUCUAUACAUUCUUGACUAUGGUAUUCUAUAUUGUAUGCUCGAAAUCCAAUACACUUAGAACUCUUAGAGUUUUAACCAUAUUUGGUUAUUGUCAAUUUGGUGUAAACAUUAAUGUUAUUAAAGCAUUAUCUCAAUUUAGAAGAGUAAAUGAUCUAUAUAAACAUGUCCAGGAGUCACAAAAGAAUGUAGCUUUAUUUCAUUUAGGUCAUUGGGUAAAGUUGAAAGUUGGUGGAACACCAUUUAUAGUUAGAAGAAGAACACUCACUUGGUAUCCUGGUUCGGUGUUUGAGAGUAUAGCUAUCUACGAUAAGAAUACCACGAAAAAGAUCACCGAUUUCAUUACACAUCCAUUCUUGGACUAUGACAAUCGUCCUAUCAACAAUGUGCUGGAUGAAGUUGCAGUGGCACCGCUAAACACUGAUCAAGAGUGCUCAGUAGAUUCCACCUCAAAGAAUAUAAUGCCUAGAACACCAAACAAACAUUUCGAAAUAACAUCGGAGCGUAAAAAUCAACUAACCCAACCUACGAAACCAUCGUUUAAAUUCGAGAAAGACACCGAAGGCUACUAUCUUAUCGACCGCGACUCUGGCCAGUUCUCGCUGAUACUAAACUAUCUGAGAUCUGGCGAGAUACCUCUUACUCUGCCAACGAGUAUCGAUAUCAACAUGUUACUAUUGGACUCACAAUUCUAUAGACUCUAUGAUUUAGAAAAGAAACUAACCAAUAGAAUACUAUCUACAAGAAGAGAUGAAGAAAGAAUGUAUGUAUUGAAUUCAGAGAUGGCUCAUAAAGAUCAACCACCCUAUUUUAUUAUUGACAAGAGCUGGGUCAUUCAAUGGAGAAAGUUCAUCGACGAGGAAGGUGAACCUCCCAAAUCAAUCGAUAAUACCAAGCUAUUUACCACUGAUGGAUCAUUGAAAAAAGAUUUGGAACUAAACUCUCAUUAUAUCUGUGUAUCAAAAGAUACUUGGAUGAUGAUUGCCAAACGAUAUCCAAAAAGUGGUCCAAUAAUGCCAAGAGCAACAAAAGAUAUUUAUAGUUUACCAAUUCCAUCUUCUUUUUGGGAUACAAGAUAA